AUGUCCGCCCCGCGUGGCGCCGAUGCCCCACCCCUCCCCGGGAGGCUCGAUCCCGCGAGGACCGCCGUCUUCGUGUGCGACGUCCAGGAGCGCUUCCGCACCGUCAUCCACGGAUUCGACCACUGCGUGCACGUCUCGUCGAUGAUGUUGCGCGCGGGGAAGAUCCUCGGCAUGCCCGCCGUCGUCACCGAGCAGUAUCCCGAGCGCCUCGGCGCCACGGUGGAUGAGCUCGCGCCGAAUCUCGACCCGCGCGCCCCGCCCGUCGCGAAGAAGCUGUUCAGCAUGAUAACCCCGGAGGUGGACGAACGCUUGGGGGGCAUGAACCGCGAUCAGGCGGUGCUGAUGGGGCUGGAGUCGCACGUGUGCGUGUUCCAGACGGCGAUGGACCUGAUGGCCAGGGGAUGGGAGGUGCACGUGCUCGUCGACGGCGUCAGCUCGCAGCGGCCGACGGACAGGGCGGUCGCGCUGAGGCGACUCGAGGCGAGCGGCGCGAUGCUGAGCACGUCGGAGAUGGCGCUGUUCGACCUUCUCAAGACGGCGGAGGCGGAGAACUUCAAGGCGGUGUCGGCGAUUGUGAGAGAGAAGCGACCCGAACCGCCGCUCCCUUCGUUGUGA